GGAUGUUUACGUUGCGUCGCCUAAAGGUGUCUUUCCGAUUCAGAUUUUGGCGUUGAUGAGCAUCUGAUUUAUUCUCUACAAUUGAUAAGAGGAAGCUGAGCCCUGUCCUGGUGCUCUGGUUGCCUGAGGACACACCUGCUUUAGCACUUACCUGUGCUGUGUGACCUUUGGCCUUUGAGUGAACUAAGGGAGUGUGUCACCUGAGGCAGGACAGUGGGAUUCUUCUCAACAGCAGUCCUUCAUCCAGCGAUCUACAACACUCACUUCUUGAAGUCCAAGCUGGCCUGACUGCUCUCUCCCCCCUUCUCUCUGUAUCUCUCCCCCCCCCUUCAUCCAUCCCGCUCUCCCUCUUUCACACUUCUCUAUGCCUCUGCCCAAUUAUGUCCCUCUCCCUUUCAGAGUCCCUCUGUAAGACUUCUGUCUCUCCAUCCCUCUCGCCAUCCCUCCUUGAUCUGUCUCGCUCUCCGUCUGCGUGCGCGCCCCUCCUGACCGCCAGGCUGGAUUUCCUGCAGAUGAAACAGCUGAAGAGGAAGAGGAAGAGUAACUACAGCGUUCGUGAGACGCAGACGCUGAUCCGGGAGAUCCACAAGAGACGAGACGUGCUGUUCUCCCGCCAGCAGAACACCGCCAUCAACGAACUGAAGAGACGAGCCUGGGAGGAGGUAGCAGGAGGCGUCAACGCACUGGGAGAGGGCGAACUACGCACAGCUUCAGAGGUGAAGCGGCGUUACCUGGACUGGCGGUCGCUAAUGAAGAGGAACCAGCUCCGUGCUGAGCGGUCUCUUUCCACAGGGCUCAAGGCAGAGUAUGAUCCCUCCUCCCCUGAACACGACGCCUCACUGGGCUCAGGGGACCAGUCGCUCGACCUCUCUGGCUUUCCCAAGGAGUCCCAGUGCGACUGGCAGGACCUGGCAGAUCUUGGAGAGCCCAGCGGACACUCAAUGUCCACGGGGGUUAAGAUGGAGGAGGAGGAGGAGGCCAAUGGAUACAGGCUGGAGGGUGAUAGCGGAGAGGGUGAGGUAGAGGAUGAUGAAGAUUGUUUCCCCUCCCUCCUGCCUGACAUGGGCGAGCGCGAUGGACGCACCCCUGAAGUCUUUUCACACAUUGAUGAGUUCGGAAUGCUCAGUGCCUCAAAGGGGGCGGCGGCCUCAAUGAAUCGGGACCUCUCAUUGACCGGCCUGGGUGGACUGGGCUUUGCUGGCUUAGGACUGGCCAAUCAUGAGAGUGCGGGACUUCUGGUUGCCUUGGAGAAGCAGCGUGUGGAGCUUGAGAAGCAGCGUCUGGCUGUGGAAACGGAGCGGCUAGCGGUGGAGAGGGAGCGCCUCCUACUGGAGAAGGAGAGACUGAGUCAAUCGGAUGUGGAGAGAGCGAGGUUGCAGCUGGAGAAAGAGCGAUUGCAGCUGGAGAAAGAGCAACUUCGGGUGUUGCUCAUGAACCAAUCAGAACGGGCCGCUGCUCCCCCCCAGCAAAGCCCUCCCUCCUCGUCCACCCCCACCCCUAACACCACCUCUUCCUCUGCUGUGGCUGGACAGAAUGAGAGAAAGGGGAAUAAACCCUGGCUUUCUAUGAUAGAUCUGGAGGGCGAGAGACUGAGGCUGGAGAAGGAGAGAUUGCAGUUAGAGAAAGAGAGGCUGCAGUUCUUUAAGUUUGAGUCUGGACGACUGCAGAUAGAGAGGGAGAGACUAGAGGUGGAGAGGGAGAGAAUGCAGCUUCACAAGGAUCAAAGUCACUGAGAGGGAGAGAGAGGAAGGAUAGCAUCAAAUUGUAUUUGUCACAGGUGUGGACUAACGGUGAAAUGCUUAGGGGCCCUUCACAACAAUGCAGAGAGAAAGAAAAUAGAAAAGUGUAACACGUAAUAAUAGAUACGCAAUGAGUAAAGAAAACUUGGCUAUAUACAAGGGGUACAAGUGCCGAGUCGAUAUGCAGUGGUACGAGGUAAUUGAGGUAUAUAUGUACAUAUAACUAGGAAUGAAGUAACAGAUAGUAAACUGUAGCAGCAGCGUAUGUGGUGAGCAUUAAGGGAUAUCUACGAGAUAAGUACCUGGAGGAAGAGCAAAAGAAGGGGGGGGUUUAUCUCAGUGUAGGCAGGCCAGAUAUCAGCCUCUAUGAGCGGUUAUCUCCAUGGUCCAGUGAGGCUCUCUCCUCCCUCUCCUGUCUGUUUCUGACAGCUCCAAGGGCUUGUUACUGUUCAGUCUGAUCCACAAUGGUUGAAAUGAGGUGCACAGCUCAACCAAUCAGACAAUCAAACUGACCUUAGAUCAGCAGGGCGUCUUCAUACAUCUCCAGGUUGAUGACAGAGGAUUUUAUCCAGUUUUAUUUCCUGUAGAGGCGGGACCAAGACUGAAACUGCCACUCAAACUCAGUAGCCUCGUCCAACCACAUAAACAAAUCUCACUGCCAAUUAUUCUGUUAUGUCUGUGGACUUUGUUGCAUUAAAAGGGGGAUUCUUUCAAUUCAAAAGAGCGGUUAAUUUAACAAAGAUAAUCUGUGUCUGUACAAUGUGUGUUUUUGUAUAAAGUGAGUGGUUGUGUACUGGGAGAAACUGUUUUGUCCCUGGAAAAGUUGUGUGUAGCUCAGUAGUACCAUCCAUGUACUGCACAGGAAGUGAAUGUAAUGUAGAAUAGCUGUAAACUCAAAGCACAAAAUGCUCUAUGUGUGACUGUUCAAACCAGUGUCAUAUCAGGCCUUACAGAGAUGUUUUUUUUUUUUUUUUACCAAACCGUUUUCUUUUAUAAUAGUUUUAUUUUGAUAGUUGGUGUGGUUUGGUACUAUGAUGGAAUGUUUUGUGUGGUGUUCUAUAAUAACCCAGUCGUCCAAGGAAAUAGUUGAAUAUCUCUGCUGGUUCACCCGUUGUCCAAGGAAAGAGUUGAAUAACUAUUUAAAAGUAAAAAAAAAAAGAGAUGUAUUAUGUUUUUGCCUAUAUGUUUUCUGCAUUGCCUUUAAGACUCAAAGGAUAUAAAUGAAUAGGGUGUUUUUUCUUUAUUCUUCCUGUUUUUAAGAAUGCAUCUGGUGUGACCCCACAUUCACACUUAAAUCACCUGAUAUAGACACAAAGUGCAUUCAGAAAGUAUUCAGACUGCUUCCCUUUUUCCACAUUUUGUUAUGUUAGAGCCUUAUUCUAAA